AUGGCCCGAGAACCGCUCAUACAAAGCGGUAAUUUGCAUGGACGGAUAGCAGAAAUUAUUCCGAAAAAACUCUUUUUCUGUGCAUUUCAAACUCGACCAAAAUCAGACCGUUCUACGGAUUAUUAUUAUGUCGAUGACGAAGUGCAUUAUGACAGUUUCUACUCCGAUUUUGGACCAUUAAAUCUAUCGGUCCUUUACCGAUUUUGUCAAAAUCUCACGGAAAAAUUAGAGGAGUUGGAUGGUGAAAAAUCUGUUGUGGUAUGCUGCGGAUCUGCCGACGAAUGUCGGGUAAAUACAGCUUAUUUAGUGGGUUCUUAUGCGAUUCUCUACUUGGGAAUGACAGCCGAAAUAGCAUAUUUGCGCAUACACAAAGCGGAACCAAAUGGGUUUAUCGGGUUUCGGGAUGCAGCAAUGGGUCCAGCAACUUACAGAUUGCAUCUUCAUAAUGUACUUCGCAGUAUUGAGAAGGCGGUGAAAUUCGGUUGGCUGGCAUUUGAUACUUUCGACCCGGACGAAUAUGAAUAUUACGAGAAGGUCGAGAAUGGCGAUCUGAACUGGAUUAUACCGACCAAAGUACUCAGCUUCUGUGGGCCGCACAACAAAUCAGUUGUUGAGAAUGGUUAUCCAUACCACGCACCGGAAGUGUAUUUUGAUUAUUUCCGCACACAUAAUAUUUCGACCAUUAUACGGCUCAACAAGCGUAUGUAUGAUGCCAAAAGGUUUUUGGACGCAGGUUUCGAGCAUGUAGAUCUCUUUUUCGUUGACGGUUCGGUGCCAUCCGAUGAAAUCGUCGAACGGUUUAUUAAUGUUGUUGAUAGCGCCAGAGGAGGCGUGGCCGUUCACUGCAAGGCAGGGUUAGGUCGAACUGGAACGUUAAUAGCUUGUUGGUUGAUGAAAGAGUAUGGCGUGACGGCAGCCGAAUCAAUAGCGUGGUUACGGAUUUGCAGGCCUGGUUCAGUGAUUGGACCACAACAAGAGUUCCUUAUUGAAAAGCAGCCAUGGUGUUGGGCAAUGGGUUCGAAACCUGCUUCCACUCAUCUUUCGCAAUUGACUAAUAAGGUCAAUGAAAUUCGUAUUGAAGAUUCGUCAAAAGGAAUAGUACUGCCAACGUCUCGGCUUGUCUCACUGAAAGCUUCGCCCAGAAAAAACAAUGAGCUGGAGGAAAUGAUAGGAAAGGAGUGCGGUGAAAAAAAAGGAGAAAAGCCAAGUCAGGGUGAUCAUCUGCUGGUACAGAAAGCUAAAGCACAGCGGACUACGAUAUCACAUGCAAAAUUCACAUCACCUACAACUCCCGUUAAACCGCUGUCGACCAACGGUAACACAACGGUAAGACGUCUUUUACGGAACUAUGGCGAUAUCAACAUACCACCACCGAUCUCACGAAUUACGAUAUCUGCAACGCCUUCUACAGCAAAUAAUAGACCUUUGACGAAAUGCAAAUCGUCACGAAAACUUACCGCAAUACGCAAUAAGCCGUAUGCAUGCUCAGGAGUUAAAGUUCAUCUGCCGUCAUCAGUUUAUGAACUGAGGCCUCGAAAUAAUAAUAAAACGUAUGGUGUGUUUCGUUUCACUGAUCCUGCCAAGGAGCUUGCACCCAAUUCGGUUGCCCUUAUCGGUAUUUCUGCUCGACGGAAUCUGAGCGAAUUGUAA